CUCGUGUGUUUUUGAGCUCCUCUCAAUUAUGUGUUCUACAACAGUUAGCAACGUAUUGUACGGCUAUUUUGGCCUUAAUAAAAGUAAAUUGAAAUGGUCAGGAACUUUGGAAGACCUUAAAGCAUUUGUCCUCACGGAAAUUAGUGAAGAAAUAGCCGAAAAUACAUCAUGGCGUUCACCGAGCGGCGGGACAUGGCAGUUUGAUUCUAAGAUGCUAUCAGUUACAUGGCAUAGUAAAAGUGAAAAUAUUUACUUCAAAGGUGAAAAAGGCGGCGAUCUCACCACACGAGUAUAUUCCUACGUAAAUCUGGGGCUCGGGGAGAGUGAUCAAACGGUGGUGAGUGGAAGUCCUACAGAAACCGAGCUAGCAAAGUCUAUCGGAAGUCUGUUAGCUAGCAAGAAUGAACAUAUGAAUGAUAUUAAUAAAACUAAAGAUAUGCCAACUAACGAGGGAGCUAGCGAGGAUGAGAAUACGAGUGAUAUUGAAAAAACCGAGGAUACAUCAACUAAAGAGGGUAAUCCUGUGAAGGCUUCAAAUCGACAUCUUGAUUUCAGUAACAGUAUUAUUUAUGAAGCCCAAAGUUCAAAGGAAGAAACGAACACAAACUUGUCAACAAGUGUAA